CUCUCUCUCUCUCUAGAUACACAUAUCUAUAUAGCUAGACAGUUCAGUACUAGCUACUACCAUUUCAGUAAUAAGCUUCUGGAAAAACACUGAAAAUGGAGUUAAGUAAGAAUCCCCAGCUUUUGUCUAAUAUCGCAACCAAUGAGCGACAUGGAGAGAACUCUCCUUACUUCGAUGGAUGGAAAGCAUAUGAGGAGAACCCUUAUCACCCUAUAAAAAACAAGGAUGGAGUCAUCCAGAUGGGUCUUUCAGAAAAUCAGAUAUGCUUUGAUUUGAUUGAGGAGUGGAUUAAGAAAAAUCCCAAGGCUUCCAUCUGCACAUCUGAAGGAGUCGACGAGUUCAAGAAUAUUGCCAUUUUUCAGGAUUACCAUGGCUUGCCGGAGUUCAGACAAGCUUUGGCGAGCUUUAUGGGGAGAGUAAGAGGUGGUAGGGUUAGGUUUGAUCCAGACCGUAUAGUCAUGAGCGGUGGAGCUACAGGAGCUAACGAGCUAAUCAUGUUCUGUUUGGCUGAUCCUGGCGAUGCUUUUCUUGUACCCUCACCUUAUUAUCCAGCAUUUGACCGAGACAUGGGUUGGCGAACUGGGGUGCAGAUUCUUCCUGUUGACUGUGAUAGCUCCAAUGGGUUCCUGAUAACAAAAGCAGCAUUAGAAGCAGCAUAUGAGAAGGCCAUCGAGGACAACAACAAGAUAAAGGGCUUGCUCCUGGCAAAUCCAUCAAACCCUUUGGGAACCCUUUUAGACAGAGAGACAUUAACAAGCCUGGUGAGCUUUGUGAAUGAAAAGAAUAUCCAUUUAGUUUGCGACGAAAUAUAUUCGGCCACAGUUUUCAAAUCUCCAAGUUUCACAAGCAUUUCUGAGAUCAUAGAAGAGAUGGGAUCUGAAAUAUGCAACCGUGAUCUCAUUCACAUUGUUUAUAGCCUCUCCAAGGACAUGGGACUCCCUGGCUUUAGGGUGGGCAUAGUUUACUCUUACAAUGAUGCAGUGGUGAGCUGUGGCCGCAAAAUGUCAAGCUUUGGAUUGGUUUCCUCUCAAACUCAACAUCUGCUUGCUUCAAUGCUUUUGGACGAGGAGUUUGUUGGGAACUUUCUCGAGGAGAGUUCGAGGAGGCUAGCGAAGAGGCAUGAAAUGUUUAUGAAGGGACUUGAGCAGGCGGGGAUUACAUGCUUGAAAAGCAAUGCUGGCCUUUUUGUUUGGAUGGAUUUGCGCUGGCUCCUUAAAGAGCAAACAGAGGAGGCUGAGAUAGUGCUGUGGCGCGUAAUCAUCAACGAGGUGAAGCUCAAUGUUUCCCCAGGCUCUUCUUUCCAUUGCACAGAGCCCGGUUGGUUUAGGGUUUGCUUCGCAAAUAUGGACUAUCACACGGUAGAAGUUGCACUCAAAAGACUCCAUGCAUUUGCUCGUCAAGAAAAACUAGCUAUAAGCAGUACUAGAUAUUUACGAAACCACAAGCUUCAGCUUAGCUUCUCCUUCGAAAGAUACGAUAAGUCAUGUGUACAUGUACGUACGUUAUUUCACCGCACACGAUGUCCCCUCACUCCCCAGUACUUCCUAGAUAUCUCAGUACCGAUGGUUCGAGCUGCAAGCCGGACUUAGCGAUGGGAAUUAUUAUAUUUCGAUAUUCUAACAAAGGAUCUUUCUUCUUUCGCUCAAGAAAACUUGGAGGAGAGGAUCCUUUGAUAGA